AUGAAUAGGUCUCAUAUACAUAUUCACCCACUUUUAGAAAAUGGUACAUGUUAUGUUAAUUGUAAAAAUUUUCAUUCUAUUAACCUUCUUAUAGUUGUUAACUACAAAGAAUGUUUUAUAUAUAUAUAUGCUGAAGAAGCAGGUGAUUUAUAUUCUUUAGAAGAUGAUGAGUUAGAUAAUAGCACAAAUAGUGACAAUGAAUCUGUACUAGUAGUAGAUAAAACAAGAGAAGAAACAGCAGAUAUUUGA